CUUGAAAAGCCGGAAAAUCCUCAUGCCAAUUUUAUUUUAUACCUACCAAAGUUCAAAUAAUUUGCAAGUGGUUAUAAAUUCAGCAACUGUCGAGGAUCCCGGAGUAGUCCUUCGCCCUCCUCUACCUGCUAGCACACAACAGCACCAGAGCUGAGCCGAGAUGGCUGAAGAGAAGCUAGAGAUGAGCAAUGUGGAGACUACUUUGAUGCCAAACCCCAAAAAAACCCCGCCGCCUCCGAGCGCGUUUGUGCGGCUGAUCCAGCCCUGCCUUGCCGAGGUGGUAGGGACCACCUUUUUUGUGUUCAUUGGAUGUGUGUCGGUCAUUGAGAAUGUGGAGGCAGCAGGCAGAGUCCAGCCCGCGCUGGUGCAUGGCUUGGCCGUGGCCGUCAUGGUGGCCUGCAUGGACAAUAUCAGUGGCUCUCAUUUUAACCCACCUUUCACCAUUGCGAUCUACCUCUGUGGAGGCAUGCAGCUGACCAUGGUUAUCCCAUACAUUGUCAGUCAGCUGAUUGGAGGUUUGCUUGGCGCUGCAAUGUCAAAGGUAAUGACCCCAUCAGACCGCUACCUUAAUGCUACUGGAGCAGCCUUCUCAAUCCUCAAAUCUGAGGAUCAGUUGGCAGGUGCCAUCUUUGGAGAAGUGGCAAUGACUUGCCUGGUCACCAUGGUGGUUCUGUUGGGAGCCGUAAAUACCAAGACCAAGAGCCCCAUGGUGCCCUUCUUGGUGGGCUGCACUGUUAUCAUCAACAUCCUGGCUGGAGGAGAUGUGUCAGGCACCUGCCUGAAUCCAGCCAGGGCUUUUGGGCCUGCAGUGUUGGCAAACUACUGGACAUAUCACUGGGUGUACUGGGUGGGCCCUAUUGGAGGAUGUUUUGUGGCUGCUGCUAUACUCAGACUUCUGCUUGGAGAUGAGAAGAUCAGACUUAUCAUGAAAUAAUGUGUAUGCAGUCACUGUUCUGUGCAGUUUAUAUUGUAUAUUAACAUAUCUUGUAGCAUCUUUCAUUUUCCAGCAAAGUUGCAUUUUGUGAGUGGGUUGUGUCUGAGCCCCUCUCCCCACUCCUUGUAAA